AUGAUUUUGAGUGGAUUGGUUAUUACACUUAACACUUUAACUCAAAAUUACAUAAUUUUUGAAAACUAAUCAAUGAAUCCAAAAUUUGAAUUAGGAAAUUAUGAUAUUAAUAGUUGUGGAGUACCUUAAUUACAAUAAGUAUAUAAUGACAAUCCAUAAUCAAAUAACUUAUUUAUUCAAGAAUUAGUGAUAAGUGCAGAUUAAUAAUUUAGUUUGCAAUAUUAGGUUGAAAAUGUUAUUGAUAAUGAUUUUACUUUGAAUUAAAGUAUAAAUAAACUUAAAUAACAACAUUAGGUGAAAUUAUGAAUUUAACUCUUUCAAACCGAUAAGUUAUUUACAUUACACAUGAAUGUCCAUAAGAUCUUGAGAAUUACAAUUUCUGGGGUCUAAUCAGAGUAGAUCUAUAAAUAAAUGAUGAAUCGAUUAAAAUAUACUAUGAGAGUAUAUGUAGCAAUCAAUAUGAACCAAAAAAGUACUUUACAUCAACAACAGUUAAGAUUUGAUUUCAGUUAUUUGAUAAUAGUAAUCUCAGGCGUUUUAUUUGUGUUUCUAACUUCCAGAUUUGGUCACAUAGCAUCGUUAUAGAAAGCAAAUAAAAAAUUUUAAGGAAUUUUAAUCAACUAUUGGUAUUUCAUAUUAUUCAUCUUUACUUUAUUUGCCUU